AGCCAUUUCGGAUCAUUUCGGCAAGUUGAUGCACACUCCCCAACCUGUCCAGGUUGAGUUUCGUAGCGUGAUGAUGUUGCGCCAGAUGCCACAGGUGCCAGUACUGCAGCACGGGUGCAUCGUUGCAAUGAUUGUUCCAGGCCCAAUGCCUUUUUUGCAGCGUCCCAACAUGGCGACGGCUGUGAUGAUGUCGCCGGUGAUGAUGUCAAGCGGACCGAGCGGACCGAGCGACAUCACACCGAUCGCUCACCGUGAGUCAAAUACACAGGAUGAGCCAAAUGCGAAAGAAGAGAACAAAGAGCUCGUGGAGCGCGUUUUCGCCGAGAGCACCUCCGCUUCCGAACACGAGGUGGACGAGGGCGAGGAGGAGCAGCUAGGCCGGAUGAGUACCAGCGCCUCCCGGCGCUUCCGGCGAAAGCGGGCGGCGCAGCGUGCCGCAGCCAAGGACCCCAGCCGACUUGCGCAAGGCCCGGUGGCAGUCGGGCGGGUGUGGAACCCCAUGGAGGCGCUGAACAGCCACCGGCUCCAGGAACUGGUUUUGGGAAAGCCAGAAGAGCUGGCUGAAGCCAUUGAGGCUUUGAAAGGCCAUGUGUGGGAGCUUUCCUGUCACCCUACGGGCUGCCGCCUGGUCCAGCUGGCCUUUGAGCGUGGCAACCCACGUGCAGGCGGAGAGCUGGUGGCUGAGCUCCAGGGUCAUGUGCUGGAGGCCGUGUGCUCCCCGCACGCCAACUUCGUGCUGCAGAAGGCCAUCAAACAUCUCACCUGGGCCGCCUGUGCCUUCAUGAGCGCGGAGCUGGAGGGACAGGCAGCUUCGCUGGCGUGCCACCAGUAUGGCUGCCGGAUCUUUUGCCGGCUGCUGGAGUUUUACUACGCACAGGAGGCUACACAGCGGCUCAUGGAUGAAGUGCUGCAGGACGCCGGCAGUCUGUGCUGCCAUCCCUUUGGCCACCAUGUGGCGCAUUCAGUGAUGGAGCAUGGCAGCCAAAAGCAUCGUGACAUGCUUGCCAUGGGGAUCUGUUGCAACCCGAUUGGCUUUGCCAAGAACCCCAGUGCCAGCUAUUUGGUGGAGAAUGCGCUGUUUGUGUGCUCCCCAUGCUACCAGGAGGCUUUGCUCCGAAAGCUUACAAGAUCAUUGGCAGACUUGGUAACGUCUCACUGCGGCUGCUUCGUGGUGAGGGCCGUGCUCGAGCACCCGAAAAGCAAUCAGGAGGAGAUCUUGGAGCAGCUGCAGGGUGCGGAGCUGCGGAAGCUGAACCUGAUGGACCUGGGCUUGAACCGGCGGAGAAUGAAUUCAGGCAUGGAUCAGUAGAAGAAAAUCAAAGCGAAGGCCCAAGUGUGAAGAGUGAAGAGUCAGAUAAGUUGCAGAUGCCUUGAACAUUGCGAGAAGUGUGACACCCAUGCAAACGCUCGCCUUCACCGCAUUUCACCGCACAAAUGAUUUGGGCGCGGGGCCUUGUGGCCUUUAAUUCCCCGGGGCUUGGUCAGUGCAUGCUGUCAAAUAAUCUUCCCGGAAUGAUCUAUUGGAAACCGGCUUUCUUCGUUUGACCUCCAGUGAUGCCGUUCCCGCC